UAAUAUCCUAAACGCCCUGACAAAAUUCCAUUUCCGGUAAUUGACGUAAUUCCUCUUCCUCACUUCCCAACUCAUUUCCCCCCUCCCCUCUUCUCCCUUCUCCAACACACACUUAUCCAUGGCUAAUUUCUCCGCUUAACUAACCUCCAUUUACACCACUUUCUCUCCUCCCAUGGCGUCUACCCUCUGUUUUCCGGCGAAUUCCGCCGGAAUAUCCAGCCGGAAGUCUGUUUCUCUGCUUAAUGUUCGCCGGAGUUGGCGUAUUCGUUGCUCCUUGGACUCAGAUGUCUCCGAUAUGAGUACUAAUGCUCCAAAGGGAUUGUUUCCCCCAGAACCUGAACGUUACAAGGGACCAAAGCUAAAGGUAGCAAUUAUUGGAUCAGGACUUGCAGGCAUGUCCACUGCAGUUGAGCUUUUGGACCAAGGGCAUGAGGUGGAUAUAUAUGAAUCAAGGCCCUUCAUAGGUGGAAAAGUGGGCUCUUUUGUUGACAGAAAGGGAAACCAUGUUGAAAUGGGACUGCAUGUCUUCUUUGGCUGCUACAACAAUUUGUUCAGACUGAUGAAAAAGGUAGGUGCAGAAAAAAAUCUUCUGGUCAAGGAUCAUACUCACACCUUCGUGAACAAAGGAGGUCAAAUUGGUGAGCUUGACUUCCGCUUUCCUAUUGGAGCUCCAAUACAUGGAAUACAGGCAUUUCUGACAACAAAUCAGCUUGGGACUUACGACAAAGCAAGGAAUGCACUGGCUCUUGCUCUAAGUCCAGUUGUACGUGCCCUUGUCGAUCCAGAUGGAGCAAUGCAGGAUAUACGGAAUUUAGAUUCUAUAAGCUUUUCAGAUUGGUUUUUAUCGAAAGGUGGAACACGUGCUAGCAUUCAGAGAAUGUGGGAUCCUGUUGCCUAUGCUCUUGGGUUUAUUGAUUGUGAUAAUAUAAGUGCGCGUUGUAUGCUCACGAUAUUCUCAUUGUUUGCCACAAAGACAGAGGCUUCUUUGCUGCGCAUGCUCAAGGGUUCUCCUGAUGUUUAUCUGAGUGGACCAAUCAGAAAGUAUAUUGAAGAUAAAGGAGGAAGGUUUCAUUUGAGGUGGGGGUGCAGAAAAAUUCUUUAUGACCAAUUCCCUAAUGGAGAGACGUAUGUAACAGGAAUAGCCAUGACCAAGGCCACAGAAAAGAAAACAGUGAGGGCUGAUGCUUAUGUUGCAGCUUGUGAUGUUCCUGGAAUCAAAAGAUUGUUGCCAGCGGAGUGGAGAAAUUUGGAAAUUUUCAACAAUAUAUACGAGCUUGUAGGGGUGCCUGUUGUCACUGUGCAACUUAGAUACAAUGGAUGGGUCACAGAAUUGCGGGAUCUAGAACAGUCUAGGCAACUGAAACAAGCAACAGGGCUGGAUAAUCUUUUGUACACACCGGAUGCAGAUUUUUCUUGUUUUGCAGACCUUGCUCUGACAUCACCAGAAGAUUACUAUAUUGCAGGGCAAGGGUCACUCCUCCAGUGUGUUCUUACACCAGGAGAUCCUUACAUGCCAUUAUUAAAUGAAGAAAUUAUAAAGAGAGUUUCAGAGCAGGUUUUGAUAUUGUUUCCGUCUGCCCAAGGCUUGGAAGUGACUUGGUCAUCUGUUGUCAAAAUUGGGCAGUCCUUGUACCGCGAGGGUCCUGGAAAAGAUCCCUUUAGACCUGAUCAAAAGACUCCUGUUAAAAACUUUUUCCUUGCUGGGUCAUACACAAAGCAGGAUUACAUUGACAGUAUGGAGGGCGCCACUCUUUCAGGCAGGCAGGCUUCUGCUUACGUAUGUGAUGCAGGAGAAGAGCUGUUUUCAUUAAGAGAGAAACUCCCUGCCGUAGAAUCUCUAGAACCUACUGCAACUUCCUCUUCUCAGUUAAGUCUUGUAUGAUUGUGCACAUAGUUCUUAGCUCCCUAAUUUUUCUACCACCUUCAUGCAUUGUAAUAUUCCAGUGGUAAUCCCUCACCAUACGUAAAUGCAUUUAUAUUACUCUUAUAAAACAUGAUUGUUCAAAAUGUAUUCUUCUAUGUAAUAAAGUUGCUUAUAAGUGCUUCAAAUAA